CUAACUUUUAGGCAAAUAGACAGGGUAAAAUAAACAUGUAAAUGUGUAUCUGUUUUUUUGUAAUAGCCUGAAAGAAGACAUGCUGUGGAAGAAAAAUAGCCCUCAGCCUCCUCAGCUGCACACCCCUCAGUCUCAGCAGCAUCGUCGUCCUCCUCAACACACACAGGAGCAGCUAGACCUUAUUGGGGAGCAGCCUCCGUUCAUGCUGCUGGACCAGCAGGAAAUGGAGCAAGAGUCAGGAACAAACCUGAAAAAGCUCUUCCGGGGCAGUGGACGUAGCCCUGGAAUAAGGAACCUGAAAUUCCCUCCUUCAAUUGAAGACUACCUCCAGGACUACCAGCGGUACCACGAGGGCAGCUGCCCCACUGCCAAGCAGCUGGAAAAUGCACAGUCCAAUGUGUCGAGGGUCAGAUCUUUUAUAUUUUACCUGGCAAAGGGACGGACUGAAUUGUUCAGUUGGCUGUUUUUAAGGAACAUUAAUGGCAUCCAAAAAUACACAGCCCACGUCCAGUCCGUAGGCAAGACCAUCACAACGGCAAAUUUCUACCUGAGGAACAUACAGCAGUUCCUCAAAUACUUUGGGGAAACCUUGCCUGCCCAGUCUCACCUGACUGCGAUGGAUGUGGUGAGCGUGCUGCGCCCCGUCACAAAGUGCAUCACAGACACAACCAGGAACGUUGUCCUGCACCAGUGGCAGUGAAAAGCCACAAGAUGGCCAGGAUAUUAUCCUGAGAGGACCUGAAGCGGUGCCAGGAGGGGGCCGCACUGAGGAUCCCAGAGCUGCUGGGUAAGUGUGCAUCCCUCUUUCCAAAAUAGCCAAAAUAGUCCAUCUCCAACAGAAGCCUGCCGUGCAUAGUGAUGUGUCCUUGUGUGUGUUUGUGU